CGAUCGUUGACUGCCGUCCGGAAAGCACGCGAAAACUUUCCGGUGCCAGAUUGUGCUUCCCUCAAAAACUGUCAAAGGGACUUAUUUUCCGGUUGUCGCGGGCCACUAAACUGUAAGCGGAAUAUUGGGGCCCAGGAAAACUUUGUAAAGUUUAAUUGAAAAACGAACCUUAUCUUGUGCAAGCGAGUUUCAGUUUCGGAAACGGAAAUCCAAUUAUUACUGAACUCUCAGCUGCCGGGAAAAUUGAGUUUAGCCGGCCGGUUCAGUUCAUUCCGGAUGAGAUUUCCGCAGCAGGCAGAAUCGGUUUAAAUCAAUCUGGGAUCAGUGCUGGUCAGUUUUGGUGGGAAAAUUUCUGAAUGCGCGGGAAAAUUCAAUUCACCCAGCGAUAAUUUUCCGAAUGUCGCUAUGAGCCUCGUUUGGAACGAUUCCGUGGAAUGUUAAAAAAAAGACCGUUCAUAAACGCAUUGUGUCAUACAACUGAGUGUGGUGUUGGAUAAAAAAAUAAAAGUGUAACAGAUAUUUAUCAAAUGAUAAAGUGUUACUGAUCGUGAUUAUAACCAUUUGAGAUCGUGUAGAUGAAAUUUAAUAUUGGUGAUUAAAAACAAGCCCUUGUAUUCAUCAAAUUUUCAAGAACGGACCCAUCAUCUGCCAUGCCGCUCAGACAGUAAUCCUCAAUCAUACACAUAGCAGCAGCCAAAGGUGACAACCGAAUUCAACGUAAAUAUGAUGUACGACACCGCCAACGCAACGACGACGGCCUUGGUGGAAUCGACCCCAACCAAGACGACCAUCACCAUCAACUAUCCGGCGGCUUCAUCGGCGGCCAUCGCGUCAAAACUGUGCCGGGAAAUCUACGUCAAUCUGCAGAUCGUCCAGGGAGACCUGCUCAACUUCAGCGAACGGUUCAUCCUGAGAAGCAACGGCUCCCAGCUGGAACUGUCGACGGUGGACGGUGGUGUGGGCGGGGCAAACGGAGGCGGGGGAGGAGCUUCCGAAUCCGGUUCCGGUUCCGGCAACGAUGCGUGGGGCUGUGCCAAAAUUUGUCUAUCCUGGGAGAAGCUGCUGCUGGUGGUGUUGUUUUGCACCCUGAUAGUGAUUACCAUAAUCGGAAAUACCUUGGUGAUUUUGUCGGUGGCCACCACCAGGCGGCUCCGGACCGUGACCAAUUGCUUCGUGAUGAGCCUGGCCGUGGCCGAUUGGCUGGUCGGAAUCUUCGUGAUGCCACCGGCCGUUAUGCUCUUCGUUGUGGACAAGUGGCAGCUCGGCUCGAUACUUUGCGAUAUUUGGAUAUCUCUAGACGUUCUGCUUUGCACCGCUUCAAUUCUGAGCCUUUGCGCCAUCAGUGUGGACAGGUAUCUGGCCGUGACACAACCGUUGACAUAUUCCAAACGCAGACGCUCCAAGAGGCUGGCCCUGCUGAUGAUUUUCAUCGUUUGGCUGGUAGCAUUGGCAAUCACCUGUCCUCCCUUUUUGGGCUGGUACGACCAGCAGGGCCGGGAGCGAAACGAGUGCCAAUACAAUCAGAACAAAGGCUACGUCGUCUUUUCGGCCAUGGGAUCCUUCUUCAUACCGAUGAGCGUGAUGCUGUACGUCUACUCGAAAAUAUGCUGCGUCCUCACAUCCCGGCAGCAUCGGAUGACGAAAACCGAGGCAAAGGAGAAAAACUGCGAGGUAGACAUCGACAAUGUUACAUCCGAGGUAGAGACGAGUCCCAAGCAGGGUGGUGCAGGUUACUUGGGUCGGAACAUUUCCUCCAGCUACGGGAACUCGCACCAGACCCUGUACGAAUUCCUGAGCUCGGCUCGCACAACUCCCAGCAGCACCAGGCACGCUCAGUUGAUGACCCGGGUAGGCUCCGCCAGUGUCGUCAGUAGCGGAAACAGUCUAGGCAUCGGAGCCAUGGCCAACAGUAUCAGUAACAACAAUACCAGUUCCGGAGGUGGAUCGGGCUCAGGAGGGCCUUCCUUGACCCCGAAGUACAGCCAAAACUACGAGAUGCGGCCAAUCAAUUCGGUUCAGUUUAGCGCUAGUCAGCUCUCGCUGACGGAAUCUUGUGUCUCGAACGUGACCACCAAUACCACCACCAAGAUAAGGCUGCACGGCAAACGGAUUCCGAUCCGAAUAUCGUCCCUCAAAAGGGAAACUAAAACGGCCCAAACACUCAGCAUGGUUGUGGGUGGUUUCAUCGCCUGUUGGCUACCGUUUUUCAUCUACUAUCUGUUGAUGCCGUUUCUGCCGGAAGCUUCUCAGAGUAAGCCACUGAUGGCGUUCCUGACCUGGCUCGGGUGGAUCAACAGUGCCAUCAAUCCGUUCAUCUACGCGUUCUACAACGUCGAUUUCCGGAUCGCCUUCUGGCGCCUCACGUUCCGAAAGUUCUACAAAAAUAAACAUAACCUGGCGUUUUUCCGAUCAUAGGGCCGCGUUAAGACGGUAGAUCAAGUCCCUCACUGUGCUGAUACCGUGCUAUAAGAGCUUAUGGUUGUUAAUUGUAGACAUAUGUAUAAAUAGGUUCCCUAAUAAAAAAUAAUCCUUUUAUAUUCAUGGCAUUGCUUUUGUAUGUAUGC